AGUUUGUUUAACUGCACCAUUUCAAUUGGUAAACGUAGUAAUGGAACGCAAAAGUAUAAGUUGUUGAGGUACAAUUUGAUGACAAAUAACACGGAUGAUCAGAACUCUUCAUCUGUCGGAAUAGAUGAUGCGGUUGCACAGUUUGAAACAUACGAGGACUAUCUUGAUUCCCAGAUAACUGCCACUGAUCUUUUUUAUUUAGAGGAUGAGGAAGUAGCUCGACAACUUGUUGAAUUGGGUUACAGAGGAUCAGGUGAAACACUCAAACGUGAGGAGUUCAACAGUCGUAAGAAAGCACUUGCGGAGGCGAUGUUAGCCAAAGAGCAACAAAAAAACGCAUUGUCUUCCUUCGGUUUGAAGAUAACGUGUCCACUUAUUCGAGCUUUAGCUGAGCGGGAAGGUUCUAAUCGAACUGGUCAAAUGUCUACUAUUAUUUUUAUUAGAGAUCAGAAUUCACGUGGCCAAGAAAUAUCUGGCUAUAUAGAUUAUGCACAUCGUUUAAAAACUGAAGACUUUAUAGUGUACUUUAAAGAAAAGAAAAAAUUGCUCCCAAGACCAGGAGAUCUAAGGUAUAUUGUAAAACAAUGUGUUUAAUUUGCUUAGUAAGUCAAUUUUACUAUUUUUAAUAAACAGCAAUUAGUUUUCUAUGAUUUUAUUCAGAAAAUCCCAUGAUUAUAUCAUUCUGUUCCCAAAAGAAUCAAAGUACAGGAACUGAAAAACAUGUUAAGAUGGGUAACAAAUGAAUUGUGUCUAGAGCCACAGAAUUCUACUGGAUCAACCGCGUUACCAUACUUAUGCAGUAAUUAAACUUAUUAGUAAUAUUGAAACUGUUGAUCCAUAUGCGUUUAUGAUCAAGUCUCAAAGCAGAUUCAGAAAACUUUGUUAGUCUUUACCAAAAUGUGUCACUUAUAAUAUGGUCUGAUAACCGAAAGAUAAAUAUACUGUGCAGCAGCAAGCUUUGUCCUACUUUAUAGAUGCUAAGCAUGGUCAUUAAGAUUAAAGGGCAUUUAAAACUUACUUCGAUCUGAUUGUUGGCGCUUUCGAAACAUAACUUGCGUAUUUUUGGACUAUCAAGCGAUCGAUGCUAAUGUUAAGCAUAGGAUUUUAAAUGAAGGUGGUUAUUCGGUUGAUGAGGUAAUGAAGUCUCAUCAACUGAGGUGGUUUGGAUAUGCACCACGUAAGCCAAACUACCGUCUAUCUCGACUGGAGAUCUUAUCUAGCAUAGGAGCAAGUUAUAAGGAAGGUAGGGUCUAAAAAUCAAUACGUGAUAGCACUUUAUGAAAUUAUUUAUAUGACAGCCAUAUUAGUAGAUAUAAACUACCUAAUUAGGACUCCAGUGAUAAUCAUAACCAAUGGUUGUAGAAGCUGAAUGUUACGGCUCAGAAUCGUUCGUGAUGGUCCAGGUACAUCUAGUCUUCUUAUUUUUUAGAUCACGAGUCUCGAAAUCAAUUUAUAGGUAUUUCAUCAUUAUGUAUCUAACAUUUCCUACUAUUACCGAUACUGCUACCUCUACUAAUCUGGCAUUUGUGAUGAUAAUUUCAUCUCUCUUUGUUAAUGUGAUAUAGCAACCUAAAGCGGUGCAAAAAUAUCCUAGUUUAUAAUGUGCAUAUUACUAACUGACUUCCGGAUUCAUACUUAGUCAUUUAACUCCUUCAAACAGUAAAGUUUUGUCAAAUAAAGCCAUUCUAGUUAAGGAAGUUUAUUUACACUAGAGUCGUUUAAAACACUGAAAAAAUAAACAGACUAGACAUUUUUAUAAAAAAUCACUUAACUCUACCAGAGUGAGACAUAAAAUAGUCUUUACAUCGAAGAUGGCUGCUCGAUAUGAUGUAUUUAAUCAGUUUUUCUGACGAUAUGCUUUUCAUUUCUACGUUUCCAGAGAUUUGAAAUAAUCCCGUAGCAUGUAUUUAAAAUGCUCACUUUUAUUCUUAGAAAUACAAUAUUUCUAAUUCAUAGUUCUUAGGUUUAGAAUUUUAAUCACAUUCUCGAGAAUGAAGCCCUAUUCACCUUUUUAUCUAUAACUGCCUUAAGUUUAAUCUACUGACUAAGUAAUUUAUCCCUUUCGAAUAUAAUGGCACACACUUAUCGUAAAUUAACACGUAGAUUGGAUUUUAUUUAUAUGAUUCCAUGUGUAAAUGACUGUUUGAAGUAUGAAAAUUCCAUAUAUAUAUAUAUAUAUAUAUAUAUAUAUAUAUAUAUAUAUAUAUAUAUAUAUAUAUAUAAACUUAAUUCCUAGUUUCUACAAUUGGGAAACUCACAAUGUUGUAGCCAAUUCAUCACCAAAUUAUACUGUUAUAACAGAAAAUCCUAAUGGCCUUCUUUUGAAGAACAAACGUGACAGAAAAAUUUUAAAUUUUGAUCCGACUGCUGCAUCCCCUGGUGAUAACUCCAAAAGAACAAUAAUCGGAACUGACAAGUAUCUUCAAGUUGUUAUCUACGAUCAUAUAACUAAGAGAAAAACGUGAAUGUUUAUUCUCCCAUUUUUAAUUAUCUUACAUAUAUUAUCCUUUUGAUAAAGGAAACUCUGAAUGAGUUUAACACAAAUCAUCAUCCUCCCGCAAAUUCAAACUUUAUCCGAAUUAAUCAACCAUGAUUUUUGAUUCAUUUUACAUAGAAUCUUGCUAUCGGUUUAUAAUAUUUGUCAAAAUAAUCAUAAUUCAAAUAAAACCCUUUAUUUGAAGUUACGUUAGAUAGAUUUCUCUUUGUUGACAAUCUUAAGCAUCAAUACAUCAAAAUUAAGAUUGUUAGGAACAGUAUAAAAUCUGAAAUACCUGUAAAACAAUUAAUUUUCAUUAUAUACCAUGAGUUGUGGGUAAACGAUCAACGGAAGUCUACAUGUUAAAGAAGCAUAUCAAUGAAAUGUUCAUUAUUAUUAUUAUUACAAGACCAGUACUGGUUUCCUAUAUGCUGUUAUUCAGUUGGCGAACAACUUUUUUUUACUUGUGUCAGCAUAUCGAAAAAUAAACUUAAUGCCCAAGCGACCUAUUAGUUGUUGAUUGUAUGGCCUUGUAAAAUAUCUUCAUUUGAUCACAUAGGAAUUUUUCCGAGUCGGAUCACAAUCUAAAUUAUAUUGAAUAGUGGUAUGAGAAGCGGGA